CUUAGUGCAUCGUCUGCUGUGUGCGUGGGUAGCCGUGCGACUGUGUGUGACCUUAUGUAACGUAGGCCCGCUUUAAUGAGUUAGCAUUUGGACAGCCAUUUGUUGAUCUGAGUUUCGUUGCAAGUUGUUGAAGUAGCCUCCCCUUGUUAACAGUAAAGUACACUGUAGGAUUAGGACAGGGACCCUUUCUUUUUUACCUUGUUUUUUUUAGUGCCAAGUUUUUCACUAGUAAAUAAGUAGGCAUAGAAUGAAACAGUCUGGGUGGCUGAUUUGUAUGUUAGAUAGACAGUAGACAUUGAUGAUAGUGGGAGUUAGUUGUAAGAAUACAAUUUGUUUAGACAGUACAGUAUAUGGGAGCAAUGAAUACAGAUCUAGAUCUAAUAGGAUAAGUUUCUUCAGACAAUUCACCAGGAUGCGUCUGGUCUGUAAAACAAAAGGAUAUGACAAUAAGGAUAUUUAAUAGUUGACAGCAGUCGUACUUCAAGUUGUGUUCAGCUUGUGUUUAGGUUGUGUUCAAGUUGUGUUUAGGUUGUGUUCAAGUUGUGUUCAGCUUGUGUUUAGGUUGUGUUCAAGUUGUGUUCAGCUUGUGUUUAGUGAACCAAGACUUGAGUCUACUUUUGUAAUCAUGUUGUUCAACAAAAUCUAUGGUGUGUGAAAGGUCCAGCAACAGAAUGGCGAGUGGUGGACUUUCAAGGAGGGCUCACUUCCUGUGUACCAGGGCUCAGAAUCAGUUGUACCAGAGUGAAAUUAGCAUCUCAAGAAUCGUGUCUCAUUGUUUUGCCGGCAGCUGAUGAUCGCCUGUCUUGUUAAUAGUGACACUUUCAGAGCUGCCUUUGGACAGGUAUUACAAAGUUAAGGAUAUGAACUUUAAUGUGCUUUACAGAUGUGUGCUUAUUCAGGGAGGAUGUGAAAGUAAGACAUCUUCAAGUCAUAAAAAACACACUUGUCAAAAAUUCUAUUGACUUAUAUUUUGAAUCGUUAUUCUGUACGAUUUGUCCAUCCAAUUAAUACGUGCUCAAGUAUUUCCAAGAAUUCAUUCUAUAGAUAUCUACCAACGUCACGUGACUUUAGAACAAGUAGGUCACGAUGAACUUUACAGCUUCAAUGUAUGCAAACAGCACCACGGAUAUCACCGCCAUCUACAACAUCACGGCGUCGACAUCCAAUUUGACGUCUGCAUUCAGCCCAGCGUCCACCACGACAGCAAGCAUGACGUCACAUCCUGUGACGGUGUUUUUGGAAAAAUAUUACGCAGUCUUCUUGCUUGCUUUUGGCACCAUCGGAAAUAUUCUGUCCUUUGCUGUUCUGUCCAGGAGAACUUUCAGGAAGACCACCAUCGCCAUAUUUCUGCGCUACCUGACCUUGGCUGACCUUGGUGCCCUCUACACUGGUGUUGUCUACUUCCUUGGCAAGAGUUUAUUUAACUACGACAUCCGUAGGACCAAUGAACUGUCCUGCAAGUUCCAUCGAUGGCUUUCUUACGUGACCUGUGACCUUAGCUCCUGGGCCCUGGUUCUCGUAUCCACGGCACGCCUGCUGUCUAUCGUUUGGCCCAUGAAGCGACUGGUCACCCGGUUUAGAGUGUACAUGGCCAUCAUUAUCACUACCGUGAUUCUCUUCCUGGUCAAUCUGCCAAUGUUUAUCAUGUACGGGGACUACUAUGCCCCCAAACAGACCAAACCAAAGCUGUGCACUCUGACCAGCGCGGCCUAUGACGACUUUUACACCUACAUCUGGGGCUGGCUUGUCCUGAUCAAGUUCACGCUCCUCCCGGGUCUCAUUCUCGUCUGCUUGAACACGGCCCUGAUCGUCACGGUGAGUCGCACGGGGAAAGCCGUGAAAAAUAUGGACGAGUUUGGGGGAGGUCAGCACGUGGCGGCAGUCGCGAGCACCAAGUCGGCUGCUGCCAAAUGGAAAAAGAAAGGAACCGCUUAUAAAGAAAACCACGGCUACGAUUCAGAUCAUCCCGCUAAAGCGGAAACACAUCAGGAUCACAGUAGUCCGCUUGAGAAAAACACGGAUAAUAGCAAUGUUCACUUUAACAAUCUUGAACACGAUGUUGAUUGCUUGGACAGAGACAACCUGUAUAAUGAAAAAGAAUAUUUGAAGAACAAACACAGCGGUGCCAGCGAUGAGGUCCCUCUAACAGAUCUUCCAAAGAUAUCUGAAGAUAUCAAAUCUAAAAUGUCCAAAAAUAGCUUCGGAGAUACCCAGUCGCAAAGUUUAGAUCGAAAGGACGGCAUCUUAAUUUUCAUUACAAACAAUGGAAGUGACAAAGUUAAUCUAAGUAGCGCAGCCAAAAUAGAUGGCCAUGGUACACCUGACCUGGUCCUGGACACUGGUCACCAAGACGAUGAUUUCGAUUUGGACAGCGAUAUUUUCAAGGAGCUUGUUCUUUGCCCAGAAGCUUUUGAAAAGGACAACGUUGAUGGGUCUGGACUAACCUCGAACACAGACUUUGAAACAGCGCACCGUCCGGAUAGCCCGCAUCACUUGGCCAUUACAGCCGUCCUGCCCAGUGACGUCAUCUCAGGCAAGGGUAGCAAGGCUUCGUGCACCUGCGAUGACGUCAGCAUGGUCAGCACCUCCAGUGACGUCACAGGCUACCCCAACUCCAUAGCCUCGCCUUCCAAGGGAAGCGUCACGAAGAGUAGCAAGAAGCCCGGCCAGAAGAAGAUGACAACUGGGCAGAAGAGCAAGAGCUUGACCCGGUCCCUGCUGCUCAUCAACACCGUGUUCCUAGUGUGUACAAUCCCAAUCUCAAUCUACCUGGCUGGACGGGUGUUUAUAUUUACUGGACCAGGCUACAGCCAAGCUCAGGAGGUGUUCAACAUCUUCUCCAACUUCAUCAUGUAUACCAACAAUUCCAUCAACUUCAUCCUCUACUGUGUGUCCGGGACAAGGUUCCGCAAGCAGCUGCAGCAGAUGAUGCUCGAACUGUAUGGCGCGACCAAACGCCUGGCGCUCAGAGUUAUGGCCCUUGUGCGAAAACGUUAGCUGUUAUUGGGGGAUUUUUCGUCCUGGGCUCUUGGAAGAGAGGAUUUCAGCUUCUUGAGGCCUCGGUCACAUGGAGUGAUUGAGGCUGACAUAUGGGAACAAGAGGAGAGAUGGAAAGGACUUUUGGCUAGCUGUGGAAGUCUUGUGAUAAAUGGCUCCACUUGGACAACGCCUUGUAGGUGUUAUUGCAUCUCUAAAUACGUCAUCACAUUCUCCCACACCGGGACAUCAUUGAAACAUGACAUCCUGACAUCGGGACAUCAAUUCAUCUUUGUCCAGCUAAUCGAUUACUAUUGACACGUACAUUAACCAGGAUCUGAACCCAUGACGCCUGGACUAUUUUGUGUAUGUGUAUAUUUCAUGACAAAUGUCAGCUUAACCUAUAGCCGUCCACCUUCCACGUGAUUUCUUGUUGAAAAUAAUUCCCUCAACACUUUUAUUCCAAUCCAAUGAAGACUAUUUCUGACCAUAGUGAGCUUAACAAUAUUUUUGUCAAAUUUUUGUUUUAUGAAAUGUUGAAUGCACAUUCUUUAAAUAAGUUGAUACUUCUAAAAAACAACAUCACCAAAUAAAUAAUAAUAAAGUUUUUGGCGGGUGAGAAGUACAAAUCUGCCAACUUGUCCAGGUUUCCAAUGCUUGAGGAAAUCAGAAGAUUCUUUUCUAAACUGAUGGGUACCUCACCACCACCCCCCCCCCCCCGCAAACUUUGUGUUCAGAAAGUCGAUAAGACCUUGCCAUGAGGCAGGCUGUAAAAAAAUAAAGUCUAAGUCAUGUACAUAAUGGAUUAAAAAAAAGAAGCUGCCCAAUCGCAUUGUUUCACAGACAGAAUCGUUUUCAGUUAUUAGUCCAUCGCAGUACAGAAUCAGGCUAUAAAGGUGAAGCAGUCUACAAGUUUAUAAUUCAUAACUGGUGAACUAUAGUCCUUUAGACGGAAAAAGCAGAAAAGAGUAGUCCUGUCUUGAGUCACCUGGUUAAAUUACCUAAGACCCCAAUCUAACCUCGGAUAUAUGAACGAUACGCCUCAAUCACUUCAUCUAAACUGUUCUUUUUCCUAUCCACGUGAUUCUCUUGUCAUCUGUAAACCACAAGUAAUGCUUUUAAAUUCAAGAAUAAUGAAAAUCGAAAGAUUAAAAGUAAAUGAAACAUAUAUUCUUUCUUCACUAUUGAUAUUAUUAUGAAUUCUUUACUAUUUUAUAUCCUAAGUCGGAUCCAGUAGUUAAAUGUUAUUUUAAAGUUACUAUUUUAAUACAGGUUUCUAAAAUAUCCUUCUCUUAAAAAGCCACUUUUGUUUAAAAUUUAGUAGAUGCAUUUAAAGUAAUCAUUAUGUAAUAUCUUUUUAACCUCUCUUUCUCUUUCUCUCUUUCUCUUUCUCUUUCUCUCUUUCUCUUUCUCUCUUUCUUCGCUCUCCCUAUUUCUUAAUACGCUCUAUUUCUGUAUCUCUUUUAGUCCAUGCGUUUCAGUGAUGCUCGACACAAACACACACACACACACACUCAAAGAACACACACACACUUUGUUCUUUCUUUCCUUAGUAAAAAGCUUUCCUUUUUUUUUUCUAACUCAGCAAAACUUGAAAGAGCAGAAAGUUCUCACAUAAAGGUUUCUAAACACGACAUGUUUCAAACUGUUUUUAGAUCUAGAAAUCAGUGAGGAAUGAAGCGUUCAAGUAAGUUUCAAAAGAAGCACCUGAUUUACAAAGUAAUGUGCACAAAGUGAACCAGAGUUGCUAAGUUAUGUGCACACAGUGCGCUAGAGCCGCUAAGUUAUGUGCACACAGCGAACCAGAGUUUCUAAGUUAUGUGUACACAGCGAACCAGAGUUGCUAAGUUAUGUGUACACAGCGAACAAGAGUUGCUAAGUUAUGUGUACACAGCGAACCAGAGUUGCUAAGUUAUGUGUACACAGCGAACCAGAGUUGCUAAGUUAUGUGCACAAAAUAUUGGAAUGAAGUUUAGCUCCUGUGAUAUUCUGUCUGGCACCAAAUCUUCUUCUUCUGAGAGCUCACUGGCGUGUUGGGUUCAGAAACAAAUUCCUAGACCUAACAUGGAUAGUUUCCAGGUCAGACAGUUUUCGAUAGGGUUUGUCUUCUAACGUGACGUAUCUUGUUUGGUCCUCUAGUUCAAGUAUGCAAGUUUGAAGGACCUGGCAAGCAUUCUCUACAUCUACUCCACGCUAGUUUUAACUUUGAUCACACAGCCUGUCUUACAGAGGUGAACAUUUCUUUCGUUAACUGUGUCGGGAUAACUUGAAAUAGGCAUCAUUGCAUUGUCCCGAAGUGCAACCGAAUCAAAUCAGUAGAUUCUCGGAAAUUCCACCCACCCCCCAAAAAAAAAAAUUUCUGCUACGCCCAUGCCGCUUUCAGUCACUGCAGAACGUAAUAAUCUCCAUUCCUGAAGAAAUGACCAAAAAGUAAGUGGUGGAGUCAGACUUGAAACUAAGUUUAAAGUGCCUCCAACAGCCACCGCGGUUGUUCACUCUCGGUUUGCUCUUAAUUCCACUAGCUCUUUGUCGGUUUUCAAUUGAGCCAACUAGACCUUUCAUCAUAUACAGUGUUAAGCACUUUAUUAUUAAAUAAGUGCACAGUGCACAAGUUAGGAAUGUGUAAGUGCACAUUGUAUAUAGCCUGCAUAUCUAGGAGAAAUAACUUUUCACUAUUUUAUAUUGUAUCCGUUGUGUUAUUAAAACAUGCAGUGCAACUCUAAUAGUUUGAAUGAUGAUUCUGUCAUGAUUGUAUAUUCAAUCGAAACUGGACUUAGCAUAUCUCUCUAAUAUGACAUUGUCCUAAAGCCUACUUAGACCGUUAGAUUCUAUCAUUUUAAAUAAAGAGAAAUAUUUGUAUUAAGAUUUCAAGCAAUGCGAAAUUUCGGAAGAAUUAAGUAGAUUGUUGCCAAGUUUAUUGACAAUUAAUUUGUUUUCUUUAGAGCAGAGUGACUUGCCUUGUUUCCAGUGGAAUGUACUUAUUUCAAUCUGUUGAAAAUAUAAUAGUCGUCAUGUUCAUUCUGCUUACAUUUUCUUUGCUAUAUCUUAUAUGUAUGUGAAACAAAAAAGCUCUGCUAAAGUGCUUUCUUAUUGGUAGUGUUUGCUUGUAAAUGUCUGUUGAAUAAUUUAUUUAAAAUCUUUAUAAAAUAUUUUUAUCUGUAUUUUGUUUUAUUUGGUUGCAAACAUUUUUUUUUUACCAAAUGCAUUUAUGUAGGUUGUACAAUUUACAGAGGUCUUUUGUUGGAAUCACAAUGUCUAUAAGAAUACUUGAUUGUAUACACAACUAUGAUGUAUGUCUCCUUUCUUCUGUAUAAAUAAAUAUAAAUAUAUAAUAUAUAUAUACUAGUAUCUUGAAUAUGUCAAAGAAAAUAUCUAUCAGUUUAUCUGAGUAACUGGCUUUUAGUUGAAGCUUCUUCUAGUCACUUUGUAGUCGAAUUAGUAGGACUUGGGACUAUAGGGAAUGAUACAAGAAAAUUUAGUGUCUUUAAAGAGUUGAACAGUGGAAAGUUCAGCCAGUAGUUUACCAAUUGGACAAUACAAUUUACCAUUUGGGGGAUUAGCCGGUGGUCAAAGUUCUUUUUUUUUUAAAUAUUUGUAUUCAAUUCGCUCUUUAAAAUUGACCUGUUCAACAGAAUUUUUGUUAAGCAAUAAGUUUAUGUGAAUCCUUUGUCGGGGAACAGUUGGUCUGGUGAUGUGUUGGUAAUUGGAAGUUGUGGAAGGAACUGAAGGAACUGUUGGUCUGGUCACAGUCUGGUGCUUUGUUGGUAAUUGGAAGUUGUGGAAGGAACUGAAGGAACUGUUCGUUAACCUUUUGUUUUGACACCAUUUCGGACCUCUUAGUGGUUGUGAUUAAAACUUGCUUCAAGCAAGAAUCUGAAAAGUCUCGUUUGGCUAUAAACUACUACAAAUAGCUUUUCCCCAUUCAUUGAAUUGUUGUGCAAUUGUUGUUAUUAUUAUUAUUGUUAUUAUUAUUGUUAUUAUUAUUAUUAUUGUUAUUAUUAUUAUUAUUUUAUUUUUUUUGCGAGUAACUCAUUUUUAUAAUUUUGGAUUUUCCGACUAAAGGUUAAUCGGAGAAAUCUCUACAUUGCUUCCAGUGAGAUGUUUUAGACUCCGUUUAGAGUCUUCAUGCCAUAAAAUUCUUUAAGAUUGAAAAGGAAAAGAGAAAGCGAUAUUUCGAAAUGUGGUGGUGAUAUAUUGGAACCCAUAGAAAAAAAGUUAGAAGAUUGAAAGGGGAAGAUUGGUAGCGAUUAUGUAAUAAAUAGACAAACUAAAUGUCAAAGACGCCAUAGUAAAAACUCACAGUUACCAACUAAAUAUUACAAAUUAAUUUGUGCUAGAACCGAGAGGCGGCAUUUAUUUUAAGCCAAUGUACAAAUUCCAAUGAUUGUCAAUGCUAAUAGGUCUUACCUUUACCUUUACCUAUCCCUAAGUCUGUUGGACCGUCGGGGUACCAAGCAAGACUCUUCGACCGACUUUCUCCAUUCCUCCCUGUUUUUUGCCUUAGUUAGAACCUCUGUGUACUAAAUAUACCGGAAUAGUAAUAACAUAUUGAUGGGACUUGGUCUUCUCUCCCUGUAACCCUGCUGCUAUGGGACCUGCACAGCUACAACACAGCCCAUGCUAAACACUUGUAAGACUAACGCGGAAAUGGACAGAGUUUGUGAACUAUGUCAACGCAAUAUAAAUCAAUAUACAUGCUUCUAGAUUCCAUUGUGAUGACAAGUAUUUGGCUUGUGUAUAUAUAUGCGUAUAUUUGAAGGUUAUGUAAAUAAACGCUAUGAGAACUGAG